AUGAAUUGUACUCGUACUACGCUUGGUAAACGUCUUUUAAAACAAUGGUUUCUUCGUCCUACACUCGAUAUAUCAAUUAUCCACGAGAGACAACAUACAAUUGAAUGUUUUAUAAAACCAGAUAAUUUGAAAGCUUCGUCUUUGUUGACAAAGUGUCUCAAACAUAUUAAAAACAUUGAAAGAAUAGUUCAAAAUAUUAAAGGAAAAUUAAGUGUUAAAGAUUGGCAAUCUUUAUUACAGAUUGAAGAAACAUUUUCCAUAACAUAUUUCAAAACUUUCGGAUCUCUUAUCAAUGAUACGAUUGAUUUUGAUGGAAGUGUCAAAGAAAAUCGAAUUAUGAUAAAGCCUUACAUUGACGAGGAUUUGGAUGAAAUGAAACGAGUUUAUGAUGGACUAGACGAUUUCUUGUCUGAAGUCGCCAAUGAAAUAAGCACAACAAUUCCCAACGAAAUUACUACUUCAUUAAAUGUGAUCUAUUAUCCUCAACUCGGAUAUUUGAUUGCUAUCCCGUUAAAACUAGAAUGGAAAGAUGAAAAGGAUUUUGAAUUUGAUGGAUUAUAUUUUCAAGUAGUUAAUUCAAUAUAUUUGAAAUAA